UGCUGUCCCAGAGGGCAGCUCCGACGCUUAGGAAUCACUUGACUUAACUCAGCUGCACUGUUUUCUUCUCGUGUGUGAUGACUAGCAGCCCUCUCUGAGUACUCGGGGCGUUAGAUUUCAUGUCAGCAGAAGGAAUCAAAAAGGCCCAGGCUGUAGUCUGUGGCAAACAGUUACUGUGUAGGAUUUUACACUUUAAGGGGGAAAUUCUUCAACAUGCUUUGAACUGAAACAAGAGUUUUGUAUUUUUAUCCAAGUGCAUCGGCAUCUUUUUCUGUGGGGGCAGUCACAGCGGGGAAUGUUUAUUUUCAGAAUCACCACCAGGAAACACUCGGAAAUGCGUUAGAGAAGUACAUGCUUUACACCGAGGACAGGAUCCACACGCACCUCUGAGGCUCCGGGUGUCCCGUGGAGACCAGCAGGGGACUGGCGGGGAAGGAGGUGCCCCAGGGACACCGGAGCCGUGGGGAUCCCGCCAGGACCAUGUCUGCCGUGCACAGAGGCGGCGGCGGCCACCUGCCUCGCGGGGCGCACACCUGCAGCCUGAGACCAGAAAAAUCUGUCAUUGCUCAACCAAUAUUUGUUUUUGAAAAGAGAGAGCAAGCUUUUAAGAGACCCGUGGGGGAGACCCUGCACGAAGCAACAGAACCUGAAUGUAAUGGCUUUUCAAGAAAGCGCAUGCGGUCUUCAUCCUUUUCUUUGGAAACUGCAGAUUCGCAGUCCCAAGGAGUGAAGAAAAACAAUGUUUUUAUGACACCAAUUCUUGUGCAAAGGAAUGUUGGCAUGAACAGUGCAGAACAAAGUCCUUUGAAACAUUCUGAACAUGUUUUAAGACCUGCUAUUUUGCAGCCACCUCAAGCUCAAAGGCGCGAAAAAGUAAGACACAAUGCAUGGGAGCACUGCAAGACUAAAGAAAAAACAAAAAACAAAAUUUCUGAGAAGAACUCCUGUUUGCUAAAUGAAAAUUUGCCAAGUGCUGGAAUUUCAACCCAGCUGUCUACCAACCAGACUCUUUUGGGGGCCGCAUCAGUAGGGUGUCAACCACAUGAAGAUAAGUAUUCUUUUAAAAGCUGCAGUUCUGACUUCGUAUUUGGAGAAAACAUGGUAGAAAGAGUUUUGGGUAUGCAGAAACUCACCCAGCCUCAACUUGAAAAUGAUUCCCAAGCCAAGGAAAAGCCAUUCAAAUACACUCUAAGAUUUCCUAUCAACUCUCCAAACUCAAGAACAGAUGCUAUUAAAAAUAUAUCCCUGAUUGAAUCAGCUGCUGCGCUCUCUUCCAAAUCAUCCCCGAAAUGCUUGCUGAAGAAAAUUGAUGUAAUAACAGGGGAGGAAGCAGAAUAUAAUGUGUUAAAGAUCAACUGCAAGCUUUUCGUGUUCAACAAAACCACCCCGUCCUGGACUGAGAGGGGCCGGGGAGCUCUGAGACUCAAUGAUACAGCUGGCAGCGACCAUGGGGCCUUCCAGUCAAGACUAAUUAUGCGCAAUCAAGGGAGCCUGAGGCUGAUUCUCAACAGCAAACUCUGGACUCAAAUGGAGAUUCAAAGAGCAAACCACCGAAAUUUACGAAUAACAGCUACUGAUUUAGAAGACUAUAGCAUCAAAGUGUUUUUAAUUCAGGCCAGUGCCAAAGACACAGAAUCUCUGUUUGCAGCCAUACAUCACCGGCUUGUUGCUCUUCGAAGCUUCGAGAAGCAGAAAGAUGUCAGUCAAGCUGAGAGCCAGGCAGAAGCAGCCCUCCCACAACUAAACUGCGACAGCUGUGAUGAGGAUGAGGAUGGUUUUACUCAAGGCACUAAAAAUAGAUCAGAUCCUUCUGGGUGGACCCACCGACAGUCAGUUGUCUGUUCAUGAGUGCCACCUACCAUAACAUGAUGACAUCUACACAAAGAUUGGUCAUCAAUGGAAAAUCGAAGCCAGUGGUCAGUAAACUCAUUAGUCAACAGAGCCAAAUAUUCACAGUACAAUGAUUGAAAUUUCUUUUGAGAGCCAAAUUUUUUAAACUUAAACUUCUUCUAAUGUCACUUCUUAAAAAUAGACUCACCUAGGCAGUGGUAUUUUGUUGAAGAGCCACACUCAAGGGGCCAGAGAGCCGCAUGUGGCUCUCGAGCCACAGUUUGCCAACCACUGUACUAAGCCAUCCUAACUAAAUGAGAAGAUCCUAUUCAUCCCUUGAAGAGUUUUAAUAGAGAAGUUCAUGAAAUAUAAUUCGUUGAAAUUCAAGUUUUUCUCUUGUAUAGUUUGAUAAUUCUGAGGUUUUACAUUUUGAUUAUUGUGGAAAAAAUGACAGAAUUUAAGAAAUACAUGGACUUUAGAAGUUCACAAUUUGUCAUUUUUUAAUAAGUUAACUUAGAAUAGAAUUUGAUAACUAAUUUGGACUAUUCAUCACAUUGAUGGAUAUAAUAGUUAAAAUGAUAAAUUGCUGGAUUUUAUAAAUAGCUAAGUAAAAUCUUUAUUUUUUUCAGUCAUGCAUUGUGUGGCCAUAAAACAAAUAUUUUAUAAUAUUUCCAGUCAUUUCUUUGAAAACCACUCUAACUGCAUAAGAUUUCAUUAAAACAUCUUUUUCUUCUGAGACACGUAUAUUUUCAUUUAGCCUUUGGGUUUCCUAAUACUGUAAGAUUAUGUACUCAUGUAUUCCUUUAAAGAGAGUAUUUGUUCUUAGACGCGUAUCCACUGUACCUUGUAUAUUCUUGACUGACAGUCAGCUUCCAAUAGUUGUUGAAGAAAUGUAUUAAAUACAUUACCUAUGUAUCAAAACAGUAGGUUUACAAAAACAAAUAAUUUAACUUGUCCUUUGCUUUAUUUAUAUAAUAAAUUGUCAUUAAUACUUGA